AUGGUAUCGAGUGAGCUGAUAUCUAAACUAAUGUCAAGAUCCCGAAGUAUUUCUUCGAAGCAGGUCGGUGUUGGUGACGUAGCGUUUGUUCAAAUAGCGACGUUGACCGUGCACCGUGACGCAACGCCAAGCCCUGAAUCAGGCUUUAUAAUAGAAAACCGCGCCGCCAACCACCACAAACAACCAGACCGUCAUACGAGCAACACGCACCUUCAUACAGUGAUUACAGACGAGUGUCAAUCAUAG